AUUAACGGGUCCGGUCGAUGUGGGGGGUCCCCGUUUCUCGCGCGAACCCUCAUUGUUUAGCACCACCUUACCAAUUGAUUAAUUAGUGGCGUCCCGAUAUAUCGCGCGGGACACCUGGGACGUUCGAUCGUCAGUUUGUCGUGUCGGCUUGGCAAGAAGCUUGAUCUCUUCGCUGAAUUUCCAAAGAAAGCCGCUUCGUAAUUUUGUCAUCAAAUUUGGGACCAGGCCACGAUGUUGUCACUUCAAUACAUUCUGAUCUUUGUUUUCGUGGCCGUUACAACUGGUUUUUUUCUCGGCUCACGCACAACGACCCCCGAGACAGGCAACCCGCAGCAAUUCAAUGCUUACUGGAACGUGCCUAGCUUCGUCUGUCACAAAUACGGCAUGAAAUUCGACGAACUCAAGGAUUUCGGGAUUCGUCAAAAUACCGACGAUGAAUUCCGCGGCGAGGUGAUCGCAAUUCUUUAUGAUCCCGGAAUGUUUCCAGCGUUGCUGACUGACAAAGACGGAACCGUAACGAGAAGAAAUGGCGGCGUUCCCCAAGAGGGCGACCUGAAAAAACAUCUCGAGGUGUUUCGGAAACACUUGGUCAAGCAAAUCCCCGACGAGUCGUUCAGCGGAGUUGGCGUGAUAGACUUCGAGAGUUGGCGGCCGAUCUUCCGACAAAAUUGGGCCUCUCUCGAACCGUACAAGACUCUGUCUAUAAACCUGGAACGUGAGAAGCAUCCCGCUUGGAACGACGCGGCCAUUAAGAAAGAAGCAAAGCGUCGCUUCGAGAAGUACGGCAGAAUAUUCAUGGAAGAGACUUUGGAAAUGGCGAAGAAACUUCGGCCCAAAGCUUCUUGGGGUUACUACGGUUAUCCGCAUUGCUUCAAUCAAACACCGGGUCAACCUAGCUCGCAAUGCAAUCGUCAGACCAUGACGGAGAACGAUGGAAUGUCUUGGCUCUUCACACUCGAGGACGUGCAUCUACCAUCGGUGUACUUGAGACAGCAGAUCAAGGAGAACGAUCGGGUGGGGUUUGUGAAGGGCAGAGUGUCGGAGGCGUUGCGAAUAGCGGAGAAGAGCCCCCGCAAACAGCAGGUUCUCGUCUAUUACUGGUUCAAGUAUCAGGAUAGCAGAAACAAUUUUCUCACGAAGAAAGACACAGAGAGCACAAUCAACACGAUCGCCACUCUCGGCGCCGACGGCUUGAUCAUCUGGGGCAGUUCCGAGGAUACGAACACGGAGCAGAAGUGCGAGGAUCUCCAGCGAUAUGUAAAGGAGGUCAUGGGACCGGCGAUAAAACGAAUCAAGAAGCUCAAGGAGGAGCUGAAGGAGAACCCCGGCGGUGGAGGAAGAAGAAGAAGAAGGAGGAGGCGGCAGGCGGGUGAAGGGAGGAGGAGAGGAGAACAGAACACGAGAGAUCGGCAGCACAGUUUCGUGCUCAGCUCAGCUCGGUUCGGCUCUCUCAAGUCUUGCGGUAUCGAAAAGCCUUCGAAGUACUUCGAGAGGUCGAGGUUCUUCUCGCGCUUGCACUCCCUCGUGCGGAUACGCGCACAUUUCUUCGCCACAUCGGUCGUAGAGUUCGCAGGAAUCAUGGGAACGAUAUGGCGGCUGUCCACGACGAUGUUGUUGUUAAUGAUGCAUUCUGAUCUGCUCGAUGCUCAUCGCGAACAUAAGGUUCACAAUAUUGUCUUGUAUCCAGAUAAACACAGUUGGUGCAAGACAACGCCAAUAAAGCAAGUAGUGACAUGGCCUCAGUGUUCCUCACAGGAAUUGGACAACAAUGUGUGCGUUGGUGCUUGUUUCUCGUACAUGGUACCCCACAGCGAACCUUCUGCACCCGGUGAUCUCAUCAGACCCUACUGCGACUCCUGUCAACCUUUGGACAGCGUAUGGCAUACUGUUACUCUGGAUUGCAAAGACGAACAGAACAAACCAGUGUCCAUGCAGAAGAAGGUGCAAAUCAUUACGAAUUGUUCCUGCAGCUCUUGCAUGGAAACGUCGAAAAUCAAGCCGGAUUACAACACUCUAUUGCAAUCUUUGACUGAGGAAAACUUGGACAAGAAUGUGAAUGCGGCACACGAGACCCCCGACUUGCUGCUAGAUCCUAACUUGAACGCUUCGAAGAACACAACGAGAGACGGAGCGCAGGCCAUCGAGCGCUUCCAUCAACUUUUCAAGAAACUUAAAGAGUCGCAGAAACUGGACGAAUCCGGAACGAAGGAAUUAUUUUCCAAGUUUAAGGAAGAAAAUGAUUUGGAAAAGCUGAAGGAAUUGCUCAAGAAGUAUAGUCAAGAAGACGAGGAGGUACAGCACGAGCAUCACCAUCAGCAUCAGCACGAGCACGAGCAUCAACAUCAGCAUCAACAACAGCCGCAUCUUCAUCGCGGACCCCAUCACUCUCUGGUGCUCGACUCGGACGUGAAGGAGAAGAUCGAUGUGGAACCGCAUUAUUUGCAUCCAGCUGUUGCCGGUCAAGAAAUUAGUUACCAUGACAACAUUGUGGUUGAUAAGGAAAAGAAGAAGGACUUCUAGAAGACGUAAUAUCGUACAAAAUGAUGUUCCCGUUUGCAACAUUUGCAGGGAUCAGUUGAGUUUUUUGCAGAGAUUUCUGUUCGUAUAUACAUACUUUUAAUAUAAGCGAGCGAAUUCGGAUACCUAGUCUCUUAUCUAAUUGCGAAUUUAGACACUUUUGUGUUGUUUCGACAAAAAACUUGUGAGAUAUUACUGGUUGACGUAUUUGUUGCAAAAAAAAAAAAAAAAAUUACGAAAAUCGUGUUUAAUAAAAAAAAAAUUGUUUUUUAUUUUAUAAAAUUAUAGCUUACCGCAGAAAAGUUCUUAAAAAGAUUGCGUGCGGAGCAAAACGAAAUAUUAAAUGUAAUAUUAGAAAAAAAAAAUGUAAUAUUAAUGUUGUCGUUAUUAAACUCGCUAUUGAAGAUGAGAAAGAGAAAGCAAGAGCGCGUGUGUCAGAAAAUGAGAAGAUUGGAGAAAAUGUAAUUUCUAAUAUAUAUAUUUAAUUUUUGUUAUACUAUGUGUUACUUAAUUAUUUAAAAACUCUACAGAACAUAUCGAACUCUACAGAACAUAUCGUUCACUCGAUUUUGAGCAGAAGAGUGACGCUUCAGCGAGAUUUAUAUCUUGAAUGACGAAAUGUAUGAAUAAUUAUGCCGUCUCUAACAGUCUCAAUGCCAACAUAUAUACAUUUUUGUAUUAUUUUCUUAGAGAAUAAAAACCCAUCAAUGGUUCUACGUA